AUGCGGUACCAAUCACUUCUCGCAUUGGCACUGGCAGCUAUCGCUGUCGAAGCUCAGGAGACACCCGAAACUGGGGAGCUUGGAGAUGCCGUUGCCGUUCAGGAUAACCCCAAGGGUGCCGUCUAUACGGCGGAGUUCCCUGACAAGCCUUUCAGCCCCGUUAAUAUUGAAGGCAACGUGAAGGGGUCCGUUACCGCAAAGACUGUGGAGAGUGGUGUCGAGUUCCAGGUCAAGUUUGAAAACCUCCCUCAAGAAGGCGGUCCUUUUAUGUACCAUAUCCACGUCGACCCUGUCCCGGAGGAUGGAAACUGCACCAAGACACUCGCACACCUGGAUCCAUUCAUCCGCGGCGAAGCCACGCCUUGCAACCCAGAAGCCCCAGCUACUUGCCAAGUUGGUGAUCUCAGCGGCAAGCACGGCGCGGCCGAGUCAGGCACAACGUUCGAAGACACUUACGUUGAUCCCUACGCCACUCUCAAGGAGGGUCUCGGAGCCUUCUUCGGUAACCGCAGCAUUGUGCUCCACUUCGCGAACAAGACACGCAUUACCUGCGCAAACUUCGCCCUUGUGAGUGGUGAUGAAGGCGAUGACAAGCCUGCGGACGAAGACGACGGCCACGGCCACAGCCACGACGAUCAAGGAGAUGAGAAGCCCGCUCCUACUGGAAGCAAUUCGACGACGACCCGCCCUACACCCAGUGAACCACCUCUGGCAACAAACCUUCCCGAGGGCAGCGCGGCUGUGAGCAGCAUCUCCCUAAUUGCAGCUUUGGCCGCUGCACUCUUCGCGCUCUAA